GUCCCUCUCCCUCGCUCACUCCCGUCUACACCUUCUGCCUUAUUCCCCGCCAGACAAGCCUUCCGAGUAAGAUGGGAAACACACCGUCAGGACUGCCCGGUGCGCCCCCUGGGGGCCAAAAGCCAGGCGACCAGAACCAGAAGAAUAACCAAGAACAGCAGAAGAAGAAAUGGGAGCCCCCCUUGCCUACUCGCGUUGGCAAGAAGAAGAGAAAACGCGGCCCCGACGCAGCGUCCAAGCUGCCUGCAGUUUACCCAACUACCCGCUGCCGCCUUCGGCUGCUGAAGAUGGAGCGCAUCAAGGACUAUUUGUUGAUGGAGGAGGAGUUCAUUCAGAACCAAGAACGCCUCAAACCGGAGGCAGCGCGAGAGGAGAAGAAUGAGGAGGACAGGACGAAGGUUGACGACCUGCGUGGCAGCCCGAUGGCAGUGGGCACGCUGGAGGAAAUAAUCGACGAUGACCAUGCAAUUAUCAGCACGGCGUCAGGUCCUGAGUACUAUGUCUCCAUCAUGAGCUUUGUCGACAAGGAUCUCCUCGAACCUGGUUGCCAGGUGCUUCUUCACCACAAGAACCAAGCGGUCGUCGGUGUCCUCCAGGAUGACGCGGAUCCUAUGGUCAACGUCAUGAAACUGGACAAGGCACCGACAGAGAGCUAUGCGGACAUUGGCGGUCUGGAGCAGCAGAUUCAGGAGAUCAAGGAAUCUGUGGAGCUGCCGCUCACGCACCCCGAGUUGUACGAGGAGAUGGGCAUCAAGCCACCGAAGGGCGUCAUCCUCUAUGGUGUGCCUGGUACUGGGAAGACGCUGCUUGCGAAGGCGGUGGCGAACCAGACAUCCGCGACUUUCCUGCGCGUAGUGGGCUCGGAACUCAUUCAGAAAUACCUCGGUGAUGGCCCGAAGCUUGUGCGGGAGAUGUUCCGAGUAGCAGAAGAACACGCGCCAAGUAUCGUGUUCAUUGACGAGAUUGACGCCAUCGGCACCAAGCGGUACGACUCGACGUCAGGGGGUGAACGGGAAAUUCAACGGACCAUGUUGGAGCUCCUGAACCAGCUGGACGGUUUCGACACACGAGGAGACGUGAAGGUGAUCAUGGCGACGAACAAGAUCGAGUCGCUGGACCCUGCACUCAUCCGACCUGGCCGUAUCGACCGGAAGAUCGAGUUCCCAUUACCUGAUAUCAAGACGAAACGACACAUCUUCAAGCUGCACACAUCACGUAUGAGCCUUUCCGAGGAUGUCGAGCUUGAGGAGUUCGUCACUGCAAAGGACGACCUGUCGGGUGCCGAUAUCAAGGCGGUCUGCACAGAAGCCGGGUUGCUGGCCCUGCGAGAACGACGGAUGCGGGUGACGAAGGUCGACUUUGCAUCCGCGCGCGAGAAGGUGUUGUACAGGAAGAAUGAGGGCACACCAGAGGGUCUCUACCUGUGAUUGUAUCGUACUACCUCCUAGUCUCUUCUGUUUUUGUCUUUCGUAUGGACCUUGCAUAUUGCUGUUAGUGGAUCGAUGGAGGUUCGAUGAACCUACCGAGAAGCAAGAUUGGCCAUGUGGUAUUUGGCCCCGGA